AUGCGAUGCGCGAGCAAGGCCGCCGAGAGCGCGUCUGCACGUCUCUGUGCGGACGCCGAAGCAGAAACAACAGCAACUGAUGUCUCAUCGGUUGCUGAAGCGACUCAGCCUGUGUCACUUGGUGAUGCAGGCGCUGGUCAUGAAGACACUCGUGUCUUCACAGAGUACGAGCUCGGUGUCUCGUACUCUCCUGAUACGGAUGACGGAUCCGUAUCGACGGCGAUUGAAUCUAAGCCGCCUGCCAAGCGUGGCAUGGACGAUGCUUUGCGUCGCAGCAUCUUUGGUUCAUCUGAUGAAUCAGAUGAACCAUCGCCGAAGCGAAGGCGCUCGAGGUCGCGAGACUCGGGCGCUAAUAGUGGUGUCGGUUCUCCAAUGGACACCACUUCACAGCGAGGUGCCAGUACUUCUGUCGGCACGUCGCAGGAAGAGCGGGACCGCAAUGUGUUGCGUCUCGCUCCAGAAAAGAAGGCAUGGAUGCCUCCAAAAUUCGUCAUGGAUCACUUGUCGGCGACGACGAGUGAUCGUUGUCGAACACGAUUGUUCGAUUCGUCAAGGAUCCAUCACCUUGACCCCAGCGCGAAAAACUAUCGCGCUGAAAACGAGUUCUUCAUCGAUGCUUUCUAUAGACAUCGAUGGUACAGUGGGAAUCACAAACGUGAUGGUCCCUCACUACUUCAGGAGCGGAACGCCUACAUCAUCCAUAACCUUGAGGAUGUAGGUCGUGACGCUUGGAACGACAAACUUAUCAAAGCUCGUGAUAAGUUUGAAAAGCGAACCCCGACAGGUGCACGCUACAAGCUGCAUCGUCUGUCAAGGGAGAAAGGAUUACCCUGCCUCUCUUGGGGAGACUCGUGCCCAUGUUGUGUGAACAACUCUGCACGAGCACCUAAGGAGGCUUACCUCCCUACCAGCCCGUGGUGGCGCGUACGUAUCUCUACUGAGAUGUACGAAGGGAUUGACAACCUGAAAUCCCUUUACGACCGUGCCGGGAAGACUUUCUCCGGCGGUCCUUCUGCGGCACAGGAUGUGCCGCGUCGUACUGCUCAACCAGAUCCAGUACGUCGAUCAUCAAUUGGGAGCGGGGCUCCCAAGAAUCCCAGGACGGGGGAUAGCCGCGCCACCGGACGAGAUAACUCGUCCGACGCCCGUUCACGUCGCGGUGGUUCAACAGCUGCUCAACUAGAUAGCGCUGGCCACCGCGAGAGUCCUCUAAUGGAGGUGGAGGAGGAGGAAAGACGCUCUCCACACGAUCAUGUGGAUCGGUAUGUUCCCGAGAGCUUCUUUGAUCGCGUAACGCAAGGGUUACGCGACGAUCUCGAACAUGAGCGGAAUAGGCGUCUCCAAAUGGCGGACACUGCCUUGAAGCAUCGAGCUGAGUUUGCCUUUGCUCAGCUUGAGAACGAGAGAUCUCUGACAUCUCUUCGUGACGAGCUAAGGGUAGCUCGUGGGAUUGCUGAUCGGUCUCGGGAUGAGAUAGCUGCUCUUCAGACCCUUGUUGAUGCCCACCAUCGGGAGCACAAGGCUCUCUGCGAGAUGCUUGAGCGCAAGGGCGUUCUUCAUCGGAAGAAGCAGCACACUGAAGGUACGGCUUAA